GCAUUUCUACACAAGUAGAUAUACAUAUAAAACUAUAAUUUUAUCUAUUAAUAAAUUAUAAAGGGUUAUCAAAAGUUUCAAUUGGAAUGAGAUACGAUGCUGCAGUUCGUGCAUCUCCGGACUUUUAUCCUCAGUCACAACGAUCAAACCACCUUUUAGAAGUUUGGGUCGUCGGUGCAGCGUGUCAUUACUCACGAUGUAUCGGUCAGCAAUUGUGGUUGUUUUUGUGUUAGUGUAUUUCGAACAAGGAAACACGCAGAAUAUAUCCAAUGAAGAUGUGGCGAUGGUGUUGGAACAUUUAAGCCCAAUAGUCAAGAAUUUAAAUAUUAGUAAAAUUCCAAUAGGCGAAGCUGACUUUAUGAUGACAAUGAAAGAGAAAUGUGACAAGAAUAAUGCGGAUCCAGCUAUAAUGGAAGGUUUGCAGGAGCGGCAGGAAUUCAUAAAAGGGUGUUUGUUAGGUGUGAUGGAAAUUGGUGCCUUACAAACAAGUCUUCAAAAAGCCAGGGAAAAUGGAACGCAGGAGGUUGAACGUGAACUUGGAAAAUAUUGUGGAAAAGUCGAAACCACGUCAUUUUGUUUCCCCACAGUCAUCGAGGAUCUGAAAAAGUGUUUGAAUUUCCGGGAAGUUCGAGUUUUCGAAACGUCCUUGAACGUGAUCAGAGCAUUGAAAAACAAUUUGUGUUAUAGAAAUGGGCCCCUUGUGGCCGAAUUUGUGCAACAGGGUGGAAUUGAUUGUACAAAGCAGCGGGAAGAACAGAUAAAAACAUGUUUUAAUGAAACAUUAACUGACUUUAAACACAAUCACCCUACAAAUGUUUCACUUAUUCAAUUCGCCACCACAAUUUUAGAAAAAUACGACUGUUCAGAAGUUGAAAAUCUAAAAAAGUGUAUUAAAUUUGAACUCGAACAGUGUGAACCGAGUUCUCCGGCCGGAAUUCUUGAAAAAAUUGUAGACGAUAUCGUUGGAGAAAUUCCUUGUACAGUAAAAAAUUUCACUCAGGCUUGUGUCGAUACUUUUAUCAACACCACAAAACUUGAAUUGGAACUGAAUGAAGCUAAGAAAACUGGAUCAAUGGACGAAGUCUUUGGACGAUACUGUAACAAAUAUGAAAACAUUAGCUUAUGUUAUAUUUCACCUCUGGAGAAGUCCAGGAAAUGGAUAAGCGAACAGGAAUCAAAGAAUUUAAACGAAUCACUAAAAACCAUUGAAAAAUUAAAAGAUUUCCUUUGCUACAGAGAUGGCGAUCGUAUGGCAAUGUUUGUGGCAGAGAAAGGUGUGGAGUGUAUGAAAGAACAAAAGGAAAUGCUCCAGCAAUGUGUGAACACAACUUUUGGCAGCAGAGUACCGACUGAGUUAAAUGCAUUAACCUUUUUAGAAAUUCCAACAUUCUUGAUUACGGAAAAAGACUGUGACGAUUUUGAUGAAGUACGAGUUUGUGUCAAUACCGAACUUGAAAAAUGUGAUACUCCAACACCUGCUAAUCUUGUAAACGCUUUCUUCAAAUAUCUUAAAAGUCAUACUCCUUGUAAGCAGCAACCAAAAAAUUCAGCGCAUACAUACGUCGCAUCUUUGUUAAUUGUAAUCGGAACACUCUUUACUCAUGUGUUUUAUGUAUAGUUAUUUAAAUAAUUAUGAGUAGUUUUCUCAGACUGACUAUGAAUGUGACUCACUGCGAUUAAUGUAAAUACUUAUGCAUGAAAUGUCAUAAUCGCACAUUUGUUUAAUUUAUUGUAAAUAGUGAUAUUUGUACUUAUUUAAUUAGUCUAAUAAAAAUAUAUAUUUUUAAAGAAA